AUGGCUACCAGUGAGGAGUGGCAGUGUACAAAGUUUGAAAAUGGGCUAAGGAGUGAUCUGAAGGUGUUAAUCUCCAGCCUGUGUAUUCAGUCAUUUCCUGCAAUGGUUGAUAGAGCCAAAGUAUUGGAGAAGAAUAUGGCAGAAGCAGAACGACAUAAGAAGCAACAACAGGUGGUUAGGGGACCGAUCGUAUCUAGAAACAAUACUAAACUGAGAAGGACCACCUACACUCGUCCAAAUCAACCAUCAAAUUCCAGUGGGUCUCAAGCGGUGGUCACUGUUGGACAGUUUGGGCAACCAGGAAACGUGACCUGUUUCCAGUGUGGAGGACCGCAUUACCGCUCGUCAUGUCCUCAACUGAUGGGAGGAAAAUUCUGCGCUCGUUGUAGAAGAAGUGGACAUCUGGAAAAUGAGUGCAACACGGGAGGACGAGUCGUGAUGAGACCACCGAACGCUAGAAGGAAUCAGCCAAGAGGUGGUCGGGCUCAAGCAGUUAGGCGUGUAUAUGCUAUAACGGGCGCUGAGGCAGCAAGCUCAGGUACACUCAUCGCCAGCACCUGCUUAGUAUAUGGUAGAUCUUGUUGUGUAUUGUAUGAUUUGGGAGCAACACAUUCCUUCAUCUCGAAGGCAUGCGUUGGCAAAUUAGGUUUAGAAGUGAGAGAGAUGCAAUUCGACCUGGUGGUGUCAACCCCAGCGGCUGGCGAGGUUAGGACGUCCACUAUGUGCGUCAGAUGUCCUAUAGAAGUGGAGGGGAGUAAGUUUAAAGUCAAUCUCAUCUGCUUACCUCUUCAAGGUUUGGAGGUGAUUUUAGGAAUGGAUUGGUUGGCUACCAAUCGCAUUCUCAUAGAUUGUGGUAAGAAGGAAUUAGUAUUUCCUGAUGAAGAAGAAGAAGAGUUAUCAGUAAUGCUCGGUCAACUAAAAGAAGACAUUAUGGAGGGCGCCAGUUGUUUCCUGAUUAUGACGCACGAAGAUCAGGAGUUCGAAAGUUUAAG